AUGCCUGACAAGAACGUCGUCGCGCUCUACUCUGUCACCGGCCUGCUCGGCAGCGGCUUCCUCAAGGAGCUCUCCAAGGCCCACGAGGAGGGCAAAAUCACCCUCGUCGUCCUCCACCGUGCCGGAAGCGACACCUCGCAGGUCCCGGACAACGUCGAGAAGCGCGUCCUCGGCUAUGGACACACUAACGGCAGCUCUGCGAUUGACAAGGUCUCGCAGGAGCAGCACUUCAAGUUCAUGCGCCACCUGGCGGAUAUCAAGACCCUGACGACGUUCAUUCCCUCCGACUACUCCAUCAACUGGUCGCGGGAAGAGCUGAAUGUUGACCAGAACGUGAUUGCGCAGAACAAGGUUGCUGUCAACACGCAGGCCAAGUCGUGGGGUGUCCCGCUGACCGUGAUCCACAACGGUCUGUUCGCCCCCCUCUUCCUGGCCAAGGAGGUGACCGGCAUCGACGUCCGCGGCAACAAGCUGCGGCUGUACGGCGACGCCCUCAACCGCAAGAUCGGCGUUACGAGCAUCCCGUACCUGUCCAAGGCAGUCGCUGAGCUCGUUUCUGGUCCGAAGAACGAGCUCCCCGGGUCCCAAUACACUGUCACCGAGGCCGAGUGGACGGGCCAGCAGGUCGCCGACGCGCUCGAGAAGGCGAACGGAUCCAAGCCGGAGAUUGAGAAGAUCACGGACGACGAGAUCAACGCCGCCAUCCAACAGGGCGAGUACGCCGCCCUCGCGGCUGGUAUCCAGAAGAAGUGGGGCUCGGGCGACUUCCCCGACACCAGCCCGCUCAAGCCCAAGAACGCCACGCCCAUCACGCUCGACGAGCUCGUCGGCCAGGCCAAGAAGCUCUGCUAA